AUGGAGGUGAUUGACAAUUUUGUGGAUAUGGAAAGUGAGAGUGGUACUCUAGCUUCUGGCAGUAGUACACCUUUCAAGGAUGCACAAGAAGCAAGAGCAAGAAGAAGGGAACAAACCAGAUUGGCACAAAGGCGAUUUAGAGCACGUCAAAAAUGUAAAGCAAAUUUAGAAGCACUCAAGUUGGAUGUAGACCCUUCUCCAAGUUGGUUUGAUCCAAAUGCAAAAACGAUCAGUUUGGCAGAUUCGGUUAGUAAUGCAUUGUUAAGUCAUAUGUACGUUUUCAAAACAAGUGAAGCAAUGUGGGCUGCUUAUCUAUUGUCAAAUUGGUUGAAUGUUUCCAAAUCUCAAUCAAGAGCUUCCGCAGGUAAAGCGGUAGAUACAGCUGGUAUGUCAAGCUGCCCUGAAAAUAGUCCUUGUGACGAUGGAAUGGAAGAAGCUCGAUCAGCAUUGUCAGAUUUCAUUCAAAAUACAUAUGCAAGCUACAUCCAAUCAAACACAUCAGAACAAGCAAAACCCAUUCCAUCACGCCCAGUCUUGGACUGGUUCCGAGCAAGUUUAGCAGUCGGCAUCGCAUUAGGAUUACCGAAUGAUGAAUUGGCUAAAUGCAAAUCCACCAGUCAAAUAAAAUAUCAUUGGAAUCAAAGAACGGCAAAAAGUUUUCCAAUCCCACCAAAUAUGCAUCCAGUUGAAGAACAGUUCAAUACACCACACGGACUAGCGAUCGAUCUAUUACCAUGGCCCGAAACCCGUAAAAAAGCAAUUGUAGCAAUCAAAUCUGGCGUGAUCGAUCACGAUACGUUCAAGAUUGAUACAGUUUUUGGAAGGGAUGCACAAAGAUUAACAUGUUCACCUUUUAUCAUCCAUGGAAUUUCAAAAGAAGAUGUGUUUUCAUUUGAAGAUUUUGAUGAAAAUGAUGCAAAUGUUGCAAUGAAUCCCGAAAAUUGGGAAUGCGCUCAAACUUGGUUGGAAAAAUAUUGGUUCUUGGUUGAUGAAGAAACGGUCAAACAAACCAAUUAUUGGAGAUCUCAAAGAGGAUUACCGCCCGUUCGAAUUUAUGAUGUUGAUCUGUAG